UAGAAGUCCUUUGACCUUGAAGAGUCCUUGUGGAAUACAAGGAUUCUUUGUUUUCUGUGAUUUGUAGAAUUGUUUUGCUGAAGGGAUAUUGUAACCAUCCCACGCAUUGGUCACAAGACACCUCAGGCACACCUGAGGCUCUCGCAUUAUUGUGUGUUGCAAAUGUUACAUAAUAAGGACUAAAGCCUUGAGGGCGUGUGAUGUUGUCCUUUAGUAAGCCGCGUAAAUUAGCUUAGGGACCUUAGUAUGAGGAAGUAGUUUGUGUAACAAUCAAUAAAUAGGCCUUUGUGAGGCUGUUGGGGUUCAGUCCAGCAGAAGAGGCUGGACCUUCCUGCUGCCACAUAGGUCUUAAAAGUUCAUCUUGGAGUGCCUUCUUCCUUCAGCCGCCCGGCCCCACACGGUGCGCCCCAAUGCGCGCCCCAACAGUUCGUCUUCAGCCCUUCCACUGCAAGGAGGCAUGAUCCGAGCAGGGGUUCCAUAGUAGUUGUAGAAUAGAUAGUUAAGUUAAAAAUGCACCUUCUGGGGCUGGAGAGAUGGCUCAGAGGUUAAGAGCACUGGCUGUUCUUCCAGAGGUCCUGAGUUCAAUUCCCAGCAACCACAUGAUGGCUCACAGCCAUCUAUAAUGAGAUCUGGUGCCCUCUUCUGGCAUGCAGGCACACAUGGAAGGAAUGUUGUAUACAUAAUAAGUAAAUAAAUAAGCCUUUUUAAAAAAUGCACCUUCUGGUCUCAAGGAUGCAGGACAGCAUUUCGGUCAAGCAGCAAUGACUCAACUUGUUUCAGAUAAGAAUCUUGGGUUCUGGAUGUGACCAGGCUUGUUUUGACAUCAGCCUCCCAAUACUUGGGCAACGGAAGCAGCAGGAUUUCGGGGUCAAGGGCAGCAUAUAGUGAGACACUGUCUCGUACAAAACCAAACAAAUCUAGGGAUAUGGCUCAGUUGGUAGUAAUCCCAGCACUCAGGAGGCAGAGGCAAGAGGAUCCGAAGUUCAGCAUCACUCCCAGCUACACAGUAAGUUCAAGGCUAGCCUGGGCUACGGAAGACCCACCCGCCAGGGUCCUGUUUAUUCUAACUGGACCAAUGGACGUUGCUGUUUUAAAUGAGAACCCAGGUAACACUGUUGCUCUCGUUCCUUCUGGAUGUGACCAGGCUUGUUUUGACAUCAGCCUGCCACUUCCUAGUUGUACCAGAGCCCAGAGAAGCUGGAUAAGCUGUUCCGUUGGCCGCCGUCAUCAGCUGUUGUUUUGACCCAGUCUCACUAAUGUGGCUCUGGCAUCCUGGAACGCAUUAUGUAGACCAGACUGGACUCCAGUUCACAGAGAUCCAUCUGCCUCUCCCUCAUGAGAGCUGGCGUUAAAGGUGCGCACCACCACAUCCUACUGUCAUUAUUAUUUAUUUUUCUGCCCCGACAGAUAGUCCCCACCCCCAAGAGGUUCACUUUUGGAAGUUUCUCAAAGCAGUGCCCCAAUGAAUGUGGCCUGGGAGCUCACUGGAAAUGCAGUCUCUUCCCGUUGCAGAUUGGCUGCGCUGAAAUCUGGGCUUUAUCCAGCUCCCAAGGCGAUUCCUUUGUAUAUUCAAGUUUGAAAAGCAUCGCUCCACGUUGUUUUCUUCCCGUCUUUCAUUUCAGGAGUCUGUCCCGAAGGUUCCGUGGCCCUGGCCUUCCUGAACUCCCGAGGCAGCUGAUUCCCACCCUUCUGAGUGUGAGGCAGUCACUUCAGCGGGUCCGUGCACCUCUGGCUGCUCAAUUCAGCCGAGCUCUCAAAGGCCCUGAGCUCCUUCAGGGCGUCCGGGGAGGCAGGAAUGGAUGUACCUCCUGUUUUGCUUUCUCCUCAGUCCCAGACCUGCUCCCACCUGGCAGAAACCUGCGUGGAAGGCGAGAGAAGCCCCCACACAGUAGAGCUGGGCAGAGACCCCUCUAUUCCCAGUGGUCAGCUGACCAGCUCCAGCCUAACUGACUCGGAUUGGUUUUGGAAUGAGCACAUCCAGGCAAAGAGGGCCAGAGUGGAGACUAUUGUCCGCGGCAUGUGUCUCUCUCCUAGUCCCUUGGUGUUGGGCAGUGCGCGAGCCAGGGAGCGCUCAUGCUAUCCAGAAAAGGCCCGGGAGCGGAAAAGAAAGCAGAGCCUUCCGAUGCACCAGGGUCCCCUGAAAUCAGUUCCUGUCUGGGAUCGAGCAUCCAAGAAGGGGGGGACCCGGGUAAAAGAGCAGCUCCAUCUACUGAAACAACAGCUAAGACAUCUACAGGAGCAUGUCCUACAGGUCUCUGAGCCCAGAGCACCUGCGCAGGGCCCAGGAGGUACAGAGCAAAGAAGCCCCACGGGGGCAAAGCCGAGGAACAGCUCCCUGCCUAGCCCCCGGACCAUGGAGAGCAAACCCCAGCCGAGCUCUAACAAGGACAUCGGUGGAUCAGUAAAGCCCAGAAUGGUUGAGGUACAACAGCAGGCGGAGGAGGCCAUGCUCCGUCCUUCCGGACCACGGGCUUUAGUGGAGACGCUGAGGAAGGAACUAAGCAGGGCCAUGUCCCAGGCUGUGGACUCAGUAUUACAACAGGUGCUACUGGAUCCACCAGGCCACCUCUCCCAGCAAGAACCCAGCUGCCUGGGGCUAGCAUCAGAGGGCAGAAGGAGUACCGAUCAGUCCCCACUUGCUAUUGCCACCCUGCCUAGGAGGGUCCAGCCACAAGCUGGGGUGUCCUUGGGUAGUUCAUCACUGGCUACGCCUCUAGAUUCUCCUAUGUGUCCUGCCUCUCCGAGAGCAGUUCCCAAACCGUAUCAGAGUCCCCUGUCAAACUGUCCCUUGACAGCCUUGCCUUCCCACAUCUGGGAAAACCAGAUUCUUAGCCAGCUUCUGGGUCGUGGGCCCGACGGCCAUUGGAGUGGCAGCCCUCCCCAGGACUCGUCCCAGGCCCAAAGCCGUGCCUCCCCGGAGUCUGCCCAGCAGCCUUGGGGGUUGAGCCAGCAGCAGCUCCCCCUGUCGUUCACCCCUGUCCACCUGGAAAGCCGGCCUCGCCUACCCUCUGUGAAGAUGGAGCCCGGUGGGCUGCGCGGCUUGGCUGACAGGAUUCCUUUCUCGGCCAUCCACCACAUCCAGGAAGGCCUGAGCCCUGGUCACUUGAAGAAGGCCAAACUCAUGUUUUUCUUCACACGGUACCCCAGUUCCAGCCUCCUGAAAGCGUAUUUCUCUGAUGUCCAGUUCAACCGCUGCAUCACCUCCCAGAUGAUCAAGUGGUUCAGCAAUUUCCGUGAGUUUUAUUACAUCCAAAUGGAAAAGUACGCCCGGCAAGCAAUCUCAGACGGUGUCACAAACCCCAAAAUGCUGGCGGUUCUCCGUGAUUCAGAGAUUUUUCGAGUCCUCAAUACACACUAUAACAAGGGAAAUGACUUUGAGGUCCCAGACUGCUUCUUGGAAAUUGCCACCUUGACAUUACAGGAGUUCUUCAGGGCUGUCUCCACAGGGAAAGAUUCAGAUCCUUCCUGGAAGAAACCCAUUUACAAAAUUAUUUCAAAACUGGACAGUGACAUCCCAGAGAUACUCAAGUCUUCCAACUAUGCCCAGGAACUGUUUCGAAGUUAAGAUUAAAAAAAGGAGGUCAAGUACAAUGUCUUGUAAGGAAGGUGGAGGCAGGAGGAUCAGGAAUUGGACAGCCUUGGUUACACAGACAGAUGAUCAAACAAAAUGAGAAGACUGGCCCAGGGUUGUCAUAAAUGCCAAGCUGUAGUCAUGUAAGAGGGCACAAGAGGACACCUCCCAUGGGUACUUUUGCCAUUUUGAAUACUUGUUUCCUUGUCCAGAAUCAUCCAAGACUUAACCUUAACCACAGUGUAUCCACUGAGACUAUCAGUGUGUUGGUCAGUGCCAUUAUCAUCAAGUGCUGGGACACGGGUCAUCCUGGUAUUUCUGCAGCUCUACAAAGAGAUUCAGAGCCAGGCGGUGGUGACACACAUCUUUAAUCUCAACACUCAGGAGGCAGAGGCAGGUGGAUCUCUUUGAGUUUGGGGAGAGCCUGGUCUACAGAGGGAGUUCCAGGAUAGCCAGGGUUACUCAGAAAAGCCCUGUUCAAAAAAAAAAAAAAAACCA